AUGCCUCCGCCGACGAUGCGGCGCGAGUCCCACGCAACCGUCACGACGGGGUACAGUGCAGUGAGUUUCGUGCCGACAGAGUAUGUCCAAACGGCCGUUAGCACGUACGAAGACCAUGUUGUGAUCGAUAUGUUGAUCCCGCCCAUGCGGUACCUUCCACCGACUCUGACAGUCUCGCAGCUAACAAGUCAAAUCCAAGAUGAUCUCGUACGUGAGCUUGAGAAGUUAGGCUUAGGCCUUGGCUCGCGCAUUGCAUCUGUAGCGCAUCCCCGGAGCCAAUACGCUGAAGCUGAGCAGUUCAUUCGUGAUGCGUCUGGACACUUGAUUGAUCCAGCUCUUCUCCCGCAGAACCAUACAGAGUUCCAACGUGCGCGUCUUGGCAUCCGCAGCUUGCGUGGCGAGCCACUGCUCACGUACUUCCCUAGUCCAGCGCCGGCUAACUCCAAGGUUGUGAAUGGCGUCCCGACAACGUGCCCAUGUGUGUGUUGCAGGAGUGGAUGUUCAGGCGCAGAUCCACGCACACGCAAACUUGCUGUGAUCCCAGAGGCUCUUGCAAAAGAUGUUCACGGCCGUACUAUCGUCAAUGUGUCUCCAGAGUCAGCCGCUCCCUCGUGGGACAAGACGCUACCGUCCACAUCAAAGCCCUUGUCCUCCACGCUCCUAGGCGAGCCAUUUACUGAGGCGAAAAAACCCGCUGUUUCAAAGGCCCCACUGUCGUCUUCGAAGCAGCCAGCUUCAUUGUCGACGUCUCGAUCGACGUCCAAGCCACAGCCCCAGCUCAAGCCACAGGCCAAGUCACAGUCACAGUCUCAUCUGCUCUCGCGUCCGCAGCCACAGCCGCAGCGGCGGCCGACUUUGACGAAAAUUAAGCCGGCCAAGUCGCUGAAUGAUCUUCGCCGCGCUGACAACACAUCAUGGACGCCGUCGCUUAUUUCAACGGACUUGGACCCGACACCGCCCGUUCCGGCCGUUCCCACUGAUUAUCUGGGCAGCUCGGUCAGCAGUCGUGACUUGAAGGUGCCGUCGACGCACAAGCACUCCCGUGUCAUUCUCCGCCCCGGAGCUCCAUCGCGUAAUGCAGCAGCCAGUGCAGCAACGCCAGCACCUGAGACGAGUGGCUCAUCAACUGACUCGCAGCUUCGCGCGCAAAAAGGCAUGAGUGUUUUCGCUCCGCUACAGAUGUCCGACGAGCUGCGUGCUGCGUUGACGCUGACUGACCUUGGGCCUCCGUAUAUCUCGCCCGAUUUGAAUCGACGCACGCCGCCGCUCUCGAGCCCAUCGUCGUUAGGGUCUACACCACGUGUCAGAGAUACGUGGCGCCAAGACUUGUCGCUCUCGCCGCCGGACACGAACAUUGAUGCAGCGAUUACUCCAAUCGCUGCGCGCUACAGCCGCUCUAUGUCCAACUUGCGGCAGAAGGCUCACCGUGAUCAGGAAAUACCGCCGAUCCCAUCCAUUCCUCAUGAUCUUGCGCUUCAUCCGUCGCCUGACCUGCACCAUUCCCAAGGCUCUGUGUAUCCCGGCACAGGCGCACGCAUGCGGAUCAUUUCUGGUCAAGUGCCGUAUCAUCGGCGCGAAGGCGGCGGCGUAUUUCCCAUUGCAUAA